ACACCUUGUACCGAACAAUACAAAAAACCGAAUUCCGUCACCGAAUAUUUUCUAUAGACGAUUCCUUCUAGUAUUAUGUUGGUUCGCCAGUGUGUCCAUUACGCUAACGCUUAUCAUUUAUCAGUCACCGCGAAAGGCAACCCAAGAAACAUGCCGUGCCCAUUCUUAACUCGUUUGACUGCAAGUUACAUUCAUAAUUAUGGAUCAUCUCUGUUGACAAAUUAUCGCCAGCUGUGUCCAUAUAUGUCUCAGUUGCUUAGAACUCAAGCUGACUGCACAGAGACUCAGCAAAUUCAGAAGACCAUUGAGAGUCAGUGUCCAUUUUUGGCCAAAGAACAUACUGCUGUGAAAAUGGCCAGUCCCACGGUCAAGGAAGACGUUAUAAAUGUGGCUUCCACCGAAUUGAAUGAAGAACCAAGCUUUCCUUACGAGGAAUUUUUCCAUGAACAGAUCAUGAAAAAAAAGAAAGAUCACUCUUAUAGAAUCUUUAAAAAAGUGAACAGGUUGGCACAGAGUUUCCCAACUGCUAUGGAAUAUUCCAAUGAUCCAAAACCAAUCACUGUCUGGUGUUCUAAUGAUUAUUUAGGGAUGUCUCGUCAUCCAGCUGUGACAAAUUCUGUUCGAGAAGCUUUGGAUAAGUUUGGAGCAGGUGCAGGUGGAACUAGAAACAUAUCCGGCAACUCUAUGGGCCAUGAAAUGCUAGAGAAUAGACUUGCAUCCUUGCAUCAGAAGGAGGCUGGCUUAUUGUUCACUUCUUGUUUUGUUGCUAAUGAUUCCACUCUAUAUACAUUGGCAAAACUUCUACCAGGUUGUCAUAUCUUCUCCGAUGCUGGCAAUCAUGCUUCUAUGAUACAAGGGAUAAAAAACAGUGGUGUGCCAAAGCAUAUUUUCAGGCACAAUGAUGUACAACACUUGGAGGAACUGCUAUCUAAACUAGAUAAAACUGUGCCAAAGAUUGUUGCAUUUGAAACAGUACAUUCUAUGACUGGUGAUAUAUGUCCUUUGGAAGAGUUGUGUAAUGUUGCUCAUAAGUAUGGUGCAAUAACAUUUGUUGAUGAGGUUCAUGCCGUUGGCCUGUAUGGAUAUUCAGGUGCUGGUAUUGGAGAGAGAGAUUGGGUACUCCAUAAGAUGGACAUCAUAUCUGGUACCCUAGGCAAAGCAUUUGGAAAUGUUGGCGGCUAUGUUGUUGGUUCUGCAAAAUUAAUAGAUAUGAUACGAAGUUAUGCUGCAGGCUUUAUUUUCACGACGUCGUUACCACCAACAGUAUUAUAUGGCGCUCUUACUGCUGUUGAAAUUUUAGCUUCGGAUGAAGGAAGGGCAUUGAGAGCUAACCAUCAGAAAAAUGUUGCUUAUAUGAAAUCUAUUUUGACCAUGGCUCGUUUACCGGUGGAACCAUCGCCUUCGCAUAUUAUUCCAAUAAAAGUCGGAGACCCUUUACUAUGCAGUCAGCUGGCUGAUUUCUUGAUAAAGGAAAAAGGUCAUUACGUACAAGCGAUAAAUUAUCCGACGGUACCGAAGGGAGAAGAAAGAUUAAGAUUGGCUCCUACGCCAAAACAUACUCGGACAAUGAUGGAUCAGUUCGUGAGGGACACGUUGGAUGUGUUUGAACGUCUGAGUAUACCGAAAGUCGAAAACAAACCAAGUGAAAUGUCAUGCCCCAUUUCAGUUCAUUGACGAAUGUACUGAAUAGAAAAGAAAUAUAAAGAUUAUAUAUCAUGCAAACAUAACUUAUUCAUGUACAUAAAUGUAUACAUGUGGAUAAUUAUGCUGUUAAAUAAGCAUUUGCUGGGCAAGAUGUUGAAGAUUACUCAAAGCUAUUUUGAUUGAC